UGGGAGGAAAAAAUUGCAAAUCUCCGUCACCUCCGGCCAUAUCGCCGCUUUUUGCACUUUUCCGGAUCCGGACAAAGCUCCGACCAGAACUCAGUUAUUACCAAAAGGGAAAGCCUAAAUUUUUCCUUUUCUUUUCAUUUUCAACUUUCAACUUCACAUGGAAAAAAAAUUAGAAAAGGCUUUGAAGAUAAUGUUUAGUGUAAAUCUUAACUAAAAUAGUUGUAAUUUUGAGUUGCGUGAUUACAUAUUUCCCAAGCUCGAGUUUUACGAUUUGAUUUGGUACUGCAAAUUUCUACUUUGUUUUAUUCGUUCUCUUUGCGUUUUCCGGUGAGAAAUCUGAGAUUUGUUUUCCUCGACCAAAUCUGUAAACUUUCUUCUUUUAGCAGCUUUUCCAAUCUGGGUACUGCAAAUUCCCAUUAAUUCGAGCUCAAGAAUCUUCGAAACUCGCGUAGAUCCUUGUUAAUCAGUGAAUACACUUCCGGAUUUUUUGCUUAGCUUUAGCAAAUCCUUGGAGUAUUUGGAGGUCUCUGUUGUUCAGAUGCGUUGAAGUGGUUUCUGUGAGAUUUGAAAUGGCAGAGAGAAAGAGAGAAAUGGGGAUUACUCAUUUCGCGCGCAGGAUUAAACAACCACGAGGGAUUUGGGUGAAGAUGGCGUUCAUAGUUGUUUUGGGUCUCUGCUUCGUCUUCUUCUGGUCUUUCUUGUCUUCCUCUGCUUCCUCAUUUAAUGUCCAGAGAGAAAGCUUCGAGGAUAUAGCUGAACCAGUGUCAUCUCGAACCAAAUCAGCUCAUAACGAUGUAUCUGAAUCUAGCAGAUCACAUGAGAAAAGUAAAGUUGAAUCUGGUUCGAAAUCAAAAGAAGGGAAAAAAGUUGGUGGGUUUGUUCAUAAACAUGAAACCAAGAAAAAGAAAGAGCAUGCUGUGACUCAUCCACAUAAGAAGAAGGAUGUGCCAAAGCCUGUGGUAGUAGAAGAAGAAGCUGUGGUUAAGGAGGAUCAAGAACAUGUAGAAGCAGCAUCUGACGAUUCUGAGUCUAAUAAGGAAGAUGGAGAGGAAGGAACUGAAUCAGACGGAAGUGAAGGAGAGUCUGAUGGAAAUGUAAAUGGGGAUGAUCCAAGUGCAUCAGUGGAUGAAGAAGUGGAAGAAAAGAACGAGGAAGUAACCGUUAACGAGACAGGUAAUAAGAGGAAGAAGAGAGGUCCUGUGUUUGAUCCUAAAGCUGAGUAUAGCUGGAGAUUGUGUAACACUAGGAGCAAGCAUAAUUACAUGCCAUGUAUUGAUAAUGAUGGGAUAAUAGGGAGGCUUCAGAGUUAUAGACAUAGAGAGAGGAGUUGUCCUAAGAAGCCUGUAAUGUGUCUUGUUCCUCUCCCACAUGAUGGCUAUGAUCCUCCUGUUUCCUGGCCUGAGAGUAAAUCUAAGAUAUUGUAUAAGAACGUGGCGCAUCCAAAGUUAGCUGCAUAUAUAAAGAAGCACAAUUGGGUGAAUGAGUCCGGUGAAUACCUAACAUUUCCACAGAACCAGACUGCGUUCAACGGAAAGGUUCUUCAGUACCUUGAAUUCAUUCAAGAGAUGGUACCAGAUAUUGAAUGGGGAAAGAAUGUUCGUAUAGUGUUGGACAUUGGAUGCUCAGAGUCAAGCUUUGUAGCUGCACUGCUGGAUAAGGACGUUUUAACAGUGUCUCUAGGCUUAAAAGACGAUCUAGUCGACUUAGCACAGGUCGCUCUUGAGCGCGGGUUUCCUACUUUAGUCAGUGCUUUGGCAAGUAGAAGGCUUCCUUUUCCUAGUGGAGUCUUUGAUACCAUUCACUGUUCUGCUUGUGGAAUCCACUGGCAUUCUCAUGCGAUGACUGCAUUGAUAGCUUCUAUUUGUUGGAAUAUUCUUGCACACAAAACCGAAGAAGCAAGUGAAAUGGGAGUGCGAAUAUAUCAGAAACCAGAAUCAAAUGAUAUUUAUGAAUUGAGAAGGAGGAAAAAUCCACCUCUUUGCAAGGAGAACGAAAACCCAGACGCAGCUUGGUAUGUGCCGAUGAAGACCUGUUUACAUGAGAUACCGUCGGCUAUAGAGCAGCAUGGAGCAGAGUGGCCUGAGGAAUGGCCAAAGAGACUUGAAACAUACCCUGAGUGGUUAACCAACAAAGAGAAAGCCAUUGGAGAUGCAGAUCAUUGGAAAGCUAUGGUAAACAAAUCUUACCUCACUGGACUAGGCAUCGACUGGUUACAUAUCCGGAAUGUGAUGGAUAUGACAGCGAUCUAUGGCGGAUUUGCGGCGUCACUAGUGAAGCAGAAUGUGUGGGUGAUGAAUGUAGUGCCGGUUCAUUCGCCAGACACGCUUCCAUUCAUAUACGAAAGAGGUCUACUCGGUAUAUACCAUGAUUGGUGUGAACCCUUUGGAACAUAUCCAAGAUCUUAUGACCUUCUUCAUGCUGAUCAUCUCUUUUCACGGCUCAAGAACAGGUGUAAGCAACCGGCUUCGAUCGUGGUGGAGAUGGAUAGAUUGACGAGGCCUGGAGGUUGGGUGGUUGUGCGUGACAAGCACAGCUCCAGAAUCUCCUCACCUUGGUUGGAUUUGAGAGUGUUCUACGUCAGGAUAAGCAAUUUUAAGGUGGAAGAUUCAACCCCUGAAGUCCUCACCAUCAACCACAUUCCUCUGGAUCCAGACACGCUUUUGGAGAUAAACGGUGUUAGGAUGAGCAUGUACUCGGAAGGAUGCUCUUCACAGCUCAGGAGGGAUCGUGUUGAUAAGAAAUCCGAAGAAGCUACUUAUGUCAGCACAGACAAUAUCAGGUUAACGGGUAGUGUAAAGUUUGAGGUUUAUGACAAAAACGAGCUAGUCCUGUCUGGAACUCUUGAGAAAUCUGAUAGUAAUGGGUUCACUGGGGAAUCGAAGAAUCGAUGGAGCAUGAAUUGCGAGGCUGAGAUCACUGCAGGGUCUGGUUUCUUAAAGGAGAAGAGCAUCAACGGUCACGAGUUACCGUCGUCCACAUUGCCGACUAUCGAGGUCUAUGUCACUGGUUGCUUCUCAGGAACACCCAUCAUCUUAACAAAGACUCUGCAACUUGGUUUCAAAAAGAAGCAGAGUAGAAGAUUGGCAUUGGAUUCGAUUCCUGAGUAUGAAACUGCAGAGCCUCAGAAAAACAUCUCCUCUGAGCUUGAUUUUCAGGCAACAGAAUACGGAAACUACAAAGAGGAAUACGAAGGAGACAUGUAUUGGAGAAGUGAAUGCAUCGAUGGAGAGAUGUCAUGGUUCAAUGCAGGUGUAAGAGUUGGUGUUGGGAUUGGACUUGGUGUCUGUGUUGGUCUCGGAAUUGGCGUCGGCCUUCUCGUGCGUACUUAUCAAUCAACUACUAGAAACUUCAGGAGGAGGCUUCUCUAGUUCUGAUAAUAUACAUUUGCAGUUGUUUACCUUGAAAUUUUUAAAGAAUCCUCUUUUUUAAACGUUUGUAUUUUGGGUGCGAUGUGAAUCAAACACACUGGUGUGGGAUUGUUGGUAUCUGUUUUGAUGUAAAUAAGCGAUUGAGAGUGUAGCUUUUGUAAUCAGAGUUUGGCUGAUGAGAAUAGAUAGAUUAGGUCUACAGAUCCUAAUUCUCUGAAUACUUAUUUAACUUAAUCAUUUUAUAUAUAAGUCGAAGCAAUCAUCACUCUA